GCGGCGACGGGGCGGCGGCGGCGGCGGCGGCGCCAUGGAGCCGCGGGAGGUGAAGGACCGAAUCCUGGAGAACAUCUCGCUGUCGGUGAAGAAGCUACAGAGCUACUUUGCAGCGUGUGAGGAUGAGACCCCUGCCAUUCGGAACCAUGACAAGGUCCUGCAACGCCUGUGUGAGCACCUGGACCAUGCCCUGCUGUACGGACUGCAAGACCUGUCCUCCGGCUACUGGGUGCUUGUGGUCCAUUUCACCCGGAGAGAGGCCAUCAAGCAAAUCGAGGUGCUGCAACAUGUGGCCACCAACCUGGGGCGCAGCCGCGCCUGGCUCUACCUGGCUCUCAAUGAGAAUUCCUUGGAGAGCUACCUGCGUCUGUUCCAGGAGAACCUGGGUCUGCUUCAGAAGUACUACGUCAGGAACGCCCUGGUCUGCAGCCAUGAUCACCUGACUCUCUUCCUGACCUUGGUGUCUGGGCUGGAGUUUAUUCGCUUCGACCUGGAUCUGGACGCCCCUUACUUAGACCUGGCCCCCUACAUGCCUGACUACUAUAAACCCCAGUAUCUGCUGGACUUUGAAGACCGCCUUCCCAGCUCCGUCCAUGGUUCAGACAGCCUGUCCCUCAACUCCUUCAACUCCGUCACCUCCACCAACCUGGAAUGGGAUGACAGCGCGAUCGCCCCAUCUAGCGAGGAUUAUGAUUUUGGAGAUGUGUUUCCAGCAGUGCCGUCUGUACCCAGCACAGACUGGGAAGACGGAGACCUCACAGAUACCAUCAGCGGCCCCCGCUCCACUGCCUCGGACCUGACCAGUAGCAAGGCAUCCACCAAGAGCCCCACCCAGCGCCAUAACCCCUUCAACGAGGAGCAGGCCGAGACGGCCUCCUCUGACUCCACCCCUGUGCACGCGACCUUGCAGGAGAAUGACGAGGCCCAGGCCCCAGACCAGCAGGAUGCCUGUGCGGAGCUUGAAGUUAUCAGGGUCACCAAGAAGAAGAAAACUGGUAAGAAGAAAAAGAGCAAAUUGGACGAGGAGGCAAGCCCGCUGCACCCCACCUCUAGCCAGCAGAGAUGCAGCAGGCAGGGGGAUGGUGACAGACUUGUGGGUACCCCAGGCCUGGCACGGGACUCUUCAGACACUGCCCUUGCCUCCCCUCAGGACCUGGGGGAAGGGCCGAGCAGUGCCGCUGAGAGCAGUGAGCCCUCAGAGCUCAGCCAGGUGGGCUUGCUGAUCCCCGAGAUGAAGGACACUUCCAUGGAGUGCCUGGGACAGCCCCUGAGCAAGGUCAUUGACAAGCUCCACGGACAGCUGGACCCUAGCACCUGGUGCUCCCAUGUCGACCCCCCUGACCAGCCCUUUCGGACGGGCUCCCCCGGGGAGGCCCCGGAGAAACCACCAUUUUGUGACUUUAGUGAGGGGCUUCCAGCCCCCAUGGACUUCUACCGGUUUACAGUUGAGAGUCCAAGUACUGCUGCACCAGGUGGCGGCCACCAUGACCCUACAGGGCCUAGCCAACCGCUGCAUGUUCCUUGUGGCCCUGAGGCUGCUCUCCAAGAAGAAGAGGGAGGAAGAGGAGCGGGACAGGCAUCUCAGCCCCUAGAGGACAUGCAGGGGAAGGCUCAGGAGCCAGAGCCCCAGGAACUGGACAGCCAGUGGCCAUUGGUCAGCCAGGAGCCUGUGCCUGAACCUGUGUCCCAGGCUGAACUUGGAACCCAGGAUGCUCUUUGCAAGCUCAAGCGAGACCAGCCCAGUCCGUGUCUGAGCAGUGCUGAGGACUCCGGGGUGGAGGAGGGCCAGGGGAGCCCUUCCGAGAUGACGCACCCCUCCGAGUUCAGAGUGGACAACAACCACCUACUCCUCCUGAUGAUCCACGUCUUUCGAGAAAACGAAGAACAGCUGUUCAAAAUGAUCCGGAUGAGCACGGGGCACAUGGAGGGCAACCUGCAGCUGCUCUACGUGCUGCUCACGGACUGCUACGUCUACUUGCUUCGGAAAGGGGCCACAGAGAAGCCAUACCUGGUGGAAGAGGCUGUUUCUUACAAUGAACUUGACUAUGUGUCGGUUGGCCUGGACCAACAGACUGUCAAGCUGGUGUGCACCAACCGCAGGAAGCAGUUUCUGCUGGACACGGCUGACGUGGCCCUGGCUGAGCUCUUCUUGGCGUCUCUGAAGUCAGCCAUGAUCAAAGGCUGCCGGGAACCACCCUACCCCAGCAUCUUGACUGAUGCUACCAUGGAGAAGCUGGCGCUGGCUAAAUUUGUCGCCCAGGAAUCCAAAUGUGAGGCAUCCACUGUGACUGUGCACUUCUAUGGGCUCGUGCACUGGGAGGACCCCAUGGAUGAGGCCCUGGGCCCUGUUCCAUGCCACUGCUCACCUCCUGAGGGCACCAUCACCAAAGAAGGCGUGCUGCACUACAAGGCUGGAACCUCCUACCUGGGCAAGGAGCACUGGAAGACGUGCUUCGUGGUUCUCAGCAAUGGGAUCCUCUACCAGUAUCCUGACCGCACCGAUGUCAUCCCUCUGCUCUCAGUGAACAUGGGGGGGGAGCAGUGUGGCGGCUGCCGGAGAGCCAACGGCACGGAUCGGCCCCACGCCUUCCAGGUCGUUCUGGCCGACCGGCCCUGCCUGGAGCUAAGCGCUGACAGCGAGGCCGAGAUGGCCGACUGGAUGCAACAUCUCUGCCAGGCCGUGUCCAAAGGAGUCAUACCGCAGGGGGUGGCUCCCAGCCCCUGUAUCCCUUGCUGCCUGGUGAUCACCGAGGACCGCCUCUUCACGUGCCACGAGGAUUGCCAGACCAGCUUCUUCCGCUCCCUGGGCACAGCCAGGCUGGCGGACAUCAGUGCCAUCUCCACGGAGCUGGGCAAGGAGUACUGUAUCCUGGAGUUCUCCCAGGAUAGCCCACAGCUGCUCCAACCCUGGGUCAUCUAUUUGAGCUGCCCUUCUGAACUGGACCGGUUCCUGACUGCCCUGAGCUCCGGGUGGAAAGCCAUCUACCAGGUAGACCUCCCUCACAAAGCAAUUCAUGAAGCUUCCGUCAAGCAGAAGUUUGAAGACGCCCUGAGCCUCAUCCACAGCGCCUGGCAGCGGAGCGACAGCCUGUGCCGAGGCAGAGCCUCCCGGGACCCCUGGUGCUGAGGCGUGGCUGGGCAGCACUGUAGGCAGGCAGGAAGGAGGCGGGCUGACCAGCAUGUCCACAUGUCCACACAGCGGUGAGCUGUUUCGGAGCUGGCUGUCCACAGGCCUCUACAGGCCACUCCUGCCUUGGGGCGGCGGAACCGCUAGUGUGGCUUGGGACAGGAAUCCAGAGUGGGUGCCCAGCGCCCUAGGCAUCCGGCCCCACAGCAGUGACUAGAGGUCACUGGGGCAGAAGGUCUGAGCCCUGUGGGCUCUGUAGACACAUGGUGUCCCCUGGGUCACCACCUUAGUCCUCACCAUCUGCUCAGGGUGGCCGUGAGGAUAAUAGUAUCCAGUUAAGGGGGAGCAAAGAGACCAGGAGGAUGGGCGUGCCAUCUUCCUCUCCCGGGUCAGGGGCCUGGGCAGAUAGGUGGUCAGGGCCCCCUGGGGGUCCUGAGUGCCCAGCCUUCCUUGUUCGUUUUUGGAACACUGUCCUCACUGCGCAGGGAACCGGGAACACUGGCUAUCUGUGCAUGCCUCCUCACGCCCCCACCCUGUGCACAGUGGCCCGCCUUGCACGGCCUGGGCCCAGCCCUCCACAGCUGCCGGGAGGCCCCGCAUGUCCACAGCCUCCCUUCUUAAGUACAGCAGAGUUUGGGGGACCCAGGGAUCAGUUGGCCCCUCUUUCGAGGAGCAAAGGAGAGGGGUGGAGAGAAGAGCAGGGCCCGUGAGCCUGGUGGCCACUUUGAUACCUAACUGACCCCUGCUUGGCUGGAGCUAGCCCUUCCUGAGGUCUCUGUUAGGUCCCCUGGGGGACAGGUCAGGUGAUUGGGUUUUGUUUUUUAAAAUAAAAUUGAUGUUAUAUUGCU